CCCUCCAGUACACAGAGAAAAACACUGGACAGCAGCACCAGUGCUCCGAUGUAUAAUGGACAAUGGUGUGAAGCUGAGACCGUUACCACGCAGGUUGUCUGGGACAACAAACCUUUUCAAAUGUGGGCAAGUAGCUGCUGUUGGAUCCCCACAGUUUACUAUGGUUGGGGCCACCCAUGGACAUUGAGCACUCUUGUUGAUCUGGGAGAAAGAUCUGACACUAAACAACCAAACAGAUCACCAGAGAUUGCCAUCCUUCCUUUCCUAAGAGUUCCUCAGAACUGCCCGCGGACAUACAGGCUGAUGUCCUUUGAUCCCGAUGGGGACAAAGUCAGAUGCAGAUAUGGAAAUCCAGGAAGUCAGGAGUGCGCCGGAUGUACCCAACAUCCAGGCUUCCACUUGGACCAGGACUCCUGCACACUACACUACCAAAACACUAAUGCCGACCCCAGCGUUCGUUCAUUUGAGAUAGUGGUGGAGGAUUUCCCACGAGGACACAUCAGUCUGAACUACACAGACGGUUCCCGAUCCUACAGGUCUCCACUGUCUGCAAGGAGGAGGAAACGACAGGUCACAAACCCAUGGUACGCACAAACUACAAUUGCAGGGUGGGGGUAUCCAGGGACUACAGCUGCACCCAGAACCACUACCACACAAGGGACUACAGCUGCACCCAGAACCACUACCACACAAGGGACUACAGCUGCACCCAGAACCACUACCACACAAGGGACUACAGCUGCACCCAGAACCACUACCACACAAGGGACUACACCUGCACCCAGAACCACUACCACACAAGGGACUACAGCUGCACCCAGAACCACUACCACAGAAGUGACUACAACUAUCCCAUGGUGGUGGACUACCAGAAUACCUUUGCAGGCCACCACUUCUCCCCUCAGUAAAUUACCUUUGCAGUUCUCUUUUCUUGUGGAUCCGCCGGUUCCUUCAUGCCAGGAGGGGCUGUAUUUGCCAAUGUUUGUGCACCCAACACCUGCAAAUGGAGAACAGAUUCACGCAGAGGUCAACAAAGAGGUUGAGAUCAGAAUCAAAGCACAGGCAUCAUAUGCAGCAAUACAAGACAUCAUCAUCAGCGGGCCAAUGAAUAUGACUAAGCACAGAACCACACAUGAUGAGUUUGUCCUGCGGUGGACUCCACUCUCAAGCGACCUGGGAGAUUAUUUCCCAGUCUGCUUUGCUGUUGAAUCAGCCACAGGGUCAGCAGCAACCAGUUCUCUGGGCUAUACCCACUCUCAUUCCCAUUUUGCUACCCCAACCUCACAGUCAGGCGUCUAUCAGUCUGAGAUGAGGUGUGUUGUCUUGCAAGUCGGGAAGAAAGAAAUUAAAACCAAUGUGAUCUGCACUGAGUCUACAAUGACAGUAGAGGUUGAGAAAUCAUCCUUCAAUGGACUCCAUGAGAAUCAUCUGCGCCUCAGUGAAUCCAGCAACACCCUCUGCAGCCUCGAGAGAUACUCCAACAGCACUCACAUCAUUGGUGUCAUCCCUCUCAAUGCCUGUGGCACUCAGAUCGAGGAAGAUGCAGAAAAUCUCAUUUUCAAGAAUGAAAUCACCACAGUGGAUGACAGCAGAGAUCUGAUCACCAGGAAGCAUCACCUCGAAGUUGAGUUCUACUGUCAGUAUCCCAAAAAGGGAAAUGUGUCUCUGGGCUUCACAGCACACAGGAAGAGCGUGGAAGUGUGGGACAAAGGCUUUGGCAAGUUCACCUACCAGUUUGAGUUCUACCCCAACAACCAGUUCCAAAACAUGAUUGAUCCAAAUUCAUACCCUCUGGAGUAUGAUGUGGGGCAGAAGAUUUACAUGGAGAUAGAUGCUUCCACUAUGGUCAAUGACACCGAGAUAUUUGUGGAGUCCUGCAGAGCCUCACCAUAUGACAACCCCAACUACCACCCAAUCUACUCCAUCAUUGAAGAUGGAUGUCCAGUGGACCCAACUGUGAUGGUCCAUGCCACUGACAACAAGAGGCAGUUUCGAUUCUGCAUUGAGGCCUUCAAGUUCAUCGGCUUGUACGAUCAGGUAUACAUCAGCUGUUCAGUAAUCAUGUGUAAGGCUGGAGACCCCAACACCAGGUGCUCACAGGGAUGCAUCAACUCCACAUCAAAUGAUCACCACCACGUCAGAAAGAGGGAUGCUGCCUUCCAGACUGCACAGCACUUCAUUUCCCAGGGUCCCCUGCGCUUAAAACGGUCAGCAGACAUCAGCAGCACUGCAGGGAACAACCUGAACCUGAACCUGAACCUGGUCUUCAUCGCUGGAUGUCUCCUUGUUGCUGUUGGUAUGAUCUGUGGUGUGGCCAUGUACAGGUCCAAAAUGUCAAAGGUCAAGUACCAGCCUUUGCCCUCAUGUGAAAGUUAA